UAUGCUUGUAUGAGGUGUGCCGUGGCACGGGAGUAAGACGCCUCCAAAUUAUGAUGAAAUUACUACACAUUCGUUUCUGUGAUGUCUCAAUCCGAAUAACUUCAGUUUGUUGUUGUCUAGAAUUUCGAAAUUCCAAGUAAAAAGCACUUCUCCAAUUCUGGUGACGUCUUCACCUGAUCUAAUCGACUCGGCGACUGGGGUAAGAAAAAAAAAAGUGACCAGGCCAAGCCCGCUCAACCACAGCAAGCGUCUCUUUGUACUCGGUACCUCCGUUGUUUGUCUUGCGCUCAACCCGCCUCAAACCAAUCUGUACCUGCACCUACUCCCCCAACAUUUCACAUUCCAUUCCAUCUUUUUCUGCUCUGUCUAACUCACCUUAGAAUUUCGACUGCAUACCUCUGAAUCGCCUUACGCUUAAGUUUCCCAUCCGUAUUCAGAUAAACUUCUUUUAGGGCCCCGGGCUCUUGUCACCUGCUGCUGUUUCGUUUCCUUUCGGGAGCUUCUCAGUGUCAUUGAGCCCUUCAGAUCGUCGUCUUAUAUCCCCCGCGACAAGCCGCUCCAGCUUCUCCAACUCGCGAUCAACACCGGCAACAGAAAAAUCUCUUCCAUACGACGUUCUCUGCCGUAAGAGGCAAGAUGCAAUACGUGCGCGGCCUCAGCGAGUCGGUCUCGACAGCCUGGAAUUCAAUCAACCCCGCGACUCUCAGUGGUGCUAUUGAUGUCAUUGUUGUCGAACACGAAGAUGGCACUCUGGUCUGCUCGCCGUUCCAUGUCCGAUUCGGAAAGUUCUCUCUCCUGAGGCCGUCGGAUAAGAAAGUCGAAUUCAAGGUCAAUGGCGUCAAACAAAGCUAUUCCAUGAAACUCGGCGAAGGCGGCGAGGCCUUCUUCGUCUUCGAGACCACAGACAGGAUCCCACAGUCGCUGCAGACAUCGCCGCUCGUUUCCCCCGCUUCCAGUCCUGCGAGCAGUCCACCGCUCAACCCGGAACAGUCAGAAUCUGGUUUGCAGGAGCCAGAAGCGUUCGAGCUUGACGCUUCAGAGUCCAAGCUGCGACGACCGCUCCCGUCCGUGCUCUAUAAGAAAGACAAUGACAAUGGCUUGAUCACCCCUCUUUCGACUUCUCCAGAGUUAUCCAGCGCCCGCCCAGCGUCCGGCGACUGGUCUUCAAAGGUGCCCCGACCACAUAGUGACGAUAUUCUCCGUGCCAGUGCUAGAAGCCGAGGUCUAGACGGAAACAGUUCCGCCGAUGACGAUGAGCAUGUUGCUUCUGAACGAUCCUCUAGUCCUCCGCCUCUGGCACCGGGCGAGGCACUCGAACGUGCAAGGGCCUUGUCUAAGGGACUCUCUGCCGCAAGUAUACCCACAAAGGUCACAGACAGCGGUGAUUUGAUGCUGGACAUGAAUGGGUUCAAGGGAAACGAGGAGGACAUUCUUCGGGCUGAAAUUCUGGCUCGCCAGAUUCUUUCCGAAGAGUUGGAUGGAAACUAUGACAUCGGCGCACUCAUUGGCUUCGAUGAGCAGGGAAACCUAUGGAUUUACAGCAGUGAGGAGGCCAAGCAGGCUGCUAUGAACAAGACUAUCGAGGCGUCUCUGCAGUCGCACCGUAGGGCUACUGCAGCCGAUGCUAUUUCUGAUCCCGGUUAUCAGAGUGACAGCAGCGAUGCAACUGCUUCUCCUAUUCUAUUGCAUCGAAGAGCCGAGUCCGACGCUGGUCCUAUGGACUUGCAAACUCCUCCCCGCACCCCGCCGAGCUCAUCGGGCCAUGCAGGAGAUCCCAACAGGAAUUACGCCAAGACCUUGCGAUUGACUAGUCAGCAGCUCAAGGAUCUGAAGCUUCAGCCAGGCGCGAACUCGAUGGCUUUCACUGUCAACCGAGCUACCUGCAAAGCAAACAUGUACCUCUGGAGACAUGAGACGCCUGUUGUCAUCUCAGACAUUGACGGUACCAUUACCAAGUCGGAUGCCCUUGGCCACGUGUUGAACAUGAUUGGCCGUGACUGGACUCACUCAGGUGUGGCUAAGUUGUACAGCGAUAUUUCCGCCAAUGGUUAUAAUAUCAUGUACCUUACCAGUCGAUCCGUUGGACAAUCAGACACUACAAGAGCCUACCUGGCGGGUAUCGUUCAGGAUGGCUACAGGAUGCCGCCCGGACCUACGAUCCUGUCGCCCGAUAGAACCAUGGCUGCAUUGAGGCGAGAGGUUUACCUUCGCAAACCCCACAUCUUCAAGAUGGCAACUCUUCGAGAUAUUCGAAACUUAUACGGCCCAGAUCGUCAUCCCUUUUAUGCUGGUUACGGAAAUCGUUUGACCGAUCAAAUCUCUUACCGGACCGUCGAUGUCCCUCGAAACCGCAUUUUCACCAUCAAUUCCAACUCUGAAGUGUCACUUGAUCUACUGACACUCAACAAGCUCAAGAUGAGCUACGUGAAUAUCAACGAAGUCGUUGACCAUUACUUCCCUCCCGUGAGCACACUGGUAAAAGGUGGCGGCGAGGAGUACACGGAUUUCACGUACUGGAGAGAUGAUCCUCUUGCCAUGGCUGACUUUUCAGCAAGCGAGAGUGAUGAUGACGAUGACGAGGACGGCCCAGGAGGACCUACCAGCGAGUAUGGUGAUGAUGAAGAGGAGUAUGACGAUGAGGAUGGCGAAAUAGAUGAAGAUGUGGACGAGAUCGGUGAAGGGCUUGCCGAUAGUUACAUCUCUCGAGCAUCUAUGGAUGAGUUUGCCGAAGCCGCAAGUGUCUUGGGCGGUAGCGUCGACGAAGAGCGACUCAAGGCGUCUAUGACACGCGACUUGAAAGAAACUUACGACGAGGACGAUGAAGAUGAGAUUUACGAAGAUGGCGAGGAAGGCCGUCAAGAUGAAGACGAGGGCGACGGAACCUCUGACGCUGCUCCCAUUGGACAACGGCGUCAAGGUCAGCUUAAGGAGGACGUUCUCGCCCAACACAUAACAGGGGUUGGUCAUCUCACCAUUGAGAAAUGAAGUGAAGUGAAGGAAAGCUAAGUAUCACGAACAGGCCACCGAGGCUGUUGCUGCUGCUCCCAACAGGCAGUAAGGUGUAACGAAUUCAAAGGCGUUUCUUUUUAGAGUGUUUAUGGGUUGUUUUUCAUAGACAUUGAUGGCGAGAGUUUUAUCUGAACGAAUAAGAGGAGAUGGAUAAAGGUGAACUGAGAAGAAAGGGUUUUUACAUAUUGAGGCAUAGCGUGGCGUUGAGCAUUUCAUUGUACUUGUAGUGAUUACAUCAUGGCAUUCUGACAGACAAAAGCUUUUGUUGUUUGACAGGCUAGAAAUACUACUUGAGCAAGCUGCAUUUUAUUCUUAAGCACCCGUGGUCUGUCAAGCUUGUGCAUAUUGAAACAACAUCUAGUCCCAAGUCCGCGCCCCUAUCCUAAAGAAAACCCAUCUGUUAUCUACAUACGCCCUUUUCCCUUUUUGUCUGUCCCAGUCUACUACUGUUGCUUCAAAUAGUUAAGUCGGAUCUCCACAGCCCUUCUAUGAGCCUCAAGCUCCUCGAC